CUCCAUUCAAAAUACAAAACACGAACCAAAAAGCGAAAAAGAAGAGGAUACAAAAAGAAAGAAAAGAUCCUCGAAGAUGAGAUUCUCUGCGUUUCCUCUCGAUCUCGCGAAUGAAUUGAGACGCGAUUGAGGCGAAGAUCCCGGAUCGGAUCUCUUUGGCAACGUCGAUCGCUGAUUCGGUUUCCCCCGAGCGGGAUUCGUGGAGAUGAGCGAGCGAUGGGAUAGGGUUAGGGUUGCGACGGCGCGGCUCGGCGGGGAGGGGGCAAGGGGGUCGUCGCGCAGCUUCGGCGGCGGGGGCGGCGGGGCCGGCGCCGCCGCGUCGGCGUCGGCGUCGGUGGCGGCGGAGCUCCGGCAGGCGUCGUCGAGGACGGUGCGGCUGGGGCGGGUGCAGCCGCAGGCGCCGAGCCACCGCACCAUAUACUGCAACGAUCGGGAGGCGAAUCUCCCCGUUGGAUACAGGGGUAACUCCGUUUCGACUACCAAAUACAAUGUCCUGACUUUUCUACCUAAAGGAUUGUUUGAGCAGUUCAGGCGGGUGGCGAAUCUGUACUUUCUAAUGAUAUCUAUCUUAUCUACUACACCAAUCAGUCCGGUGCAUCCAGUGACCAAUGUGGUCCCACUUAGUCUAGUGCUUUUGGUCUCUCUUAUCAAGGAGGCUUUUGAGGACUGGAAGCGUUUCCAGAAUGAUAUAACAAUCAAUAGUACUCCUGUUGAUGUGUUGCAAGGUCAAAAAUGGGAGAGUAUUCCCUGGAAGAAGUUGCAAGUUGGAGAUAUUGUGAGGGUUAAGCAAGACGAUUUUUUCCCUGCUGAUUUGCUGUUCCUUGCAAGUACAAAUCCUGACGGUGUCUGCUAUGUUGAGACUGCAAAUCUUGAUGGGGAGACUAAUUUGAAAAUUCGAAAGGCAUUGGAGAAGACUUGGGAUUAUUUGCUUCCUGAAAAAGCUGCUGAAUUUAAAGGAGAAAUACAAUGCGAGCAACCAAACAAUUCACUGUAUACAUUUACUGGAAAUCUUAUUGUAGAUAAGCAAACACUACCACUUUCUCCAAAUCAGCUAUUGCUAAGAGGGUGCAGCCUUCGUAACACGGAGUACAUUGUUGGAGCUGUUAUAUUUACCGGGCAUGAAACAAAAGUUAUGAUGAAUUCCAUGAAUGUUCCUUCUAAAAGAAGUACACUAGAAAGGAAACUUGACAAGCUCAUACUUGCUCUUUUUGCUACUCUCUUUGUAAUGUGCCUCAUUGGAGCCAUCGGAAGUGGAGUGUUUAUCAACCGCAAGUACUACUACCUUGGACUUUUUGGACAUGUGGAAGAUCAGUUCAACCCCAACAACAGAUUUGUGGUCACCAUUUUAACAAUGUUUACUCUAAUUACACUUUACUCAACUAUCAUCCCGAUUUCUCUCUAUGUGUCCAUUGAGAUGAUCAAAUUUAUCCAGUCUACUCAGUUCAUCAAUAAGGAUUUGCACAUGUAUCAUAUAGAAACAAAUACUCCUGCUCUUGCACGAACAUCUAACCUGAAUGAAGAGCUAGGGCAGGUAGAGUACAUAUUUUCUGAUAAAACAGGCACACUUACGAGAAACCUGAUGGAGUUCUUUAAGUGUUCAAUUGGUGGAGAAAUGUAUGGAACCGGUAUUACUGAAACAGAAAGAGGGGGAGCACAACGGAAUGGACUGAUAAUUGAUGAGGCCAAAUCAGCUACUGCAACGCAUGAGAAAGGUUUCAACUUUGAUGAUGCUAGGCUUAUGCGUGGUGCAUGGAGAAAUGAGCGUGAUCCUGAGGUUUGCAAGGAAUUCUUCAGAUGUCUUGCACUAUGUCAUACUGUUCUUCCAGAAGGCAACGAAUCUCCAGAUAAAAUCACAUAUCAAGCUGCAUCACCAGAUGAGGCUGCUCUUGUGACCGCUGCAAAAAAUUUUGGGUUCUUCUUCUAUAGACGCACGCCAACAACAGUUGUGGUUCGUGAAUCACAUGUUGAAAAGAUGGGCAAAGUUCAAGAUGUCUCCUACGAGAUUCUAAAUGUUUUGGAGUUCAAUAGUACUAGGAAGCGCCAGUCCGUGGUGUGCCGUUAUCCAAACGGAAGGCUCAUUCUUUACUGCAAGGGUGCUGAUACUGUUAUAUAUGAAAGAUUGGCGGAAGGAAAUCAUGAGAUUAAAAGGUUAACCAGAGAGCAUCUAGAACAGUUUGGCUCAGCUGGUCUGCGCACACUUUGCCUUGCUUAUCGAGAUCUAAGCCCUGAUAUGUAUGAAAAUUGGAAUGAGAAAUUUAUUCAAGCUAAAUCUUCAUUAAGAGACCGUGAAAAGAAACUUGAUGAGGUGGCAGACUUGAUUGAGAAGGAUCUUAUACUAAUAGGAGCCACCGCUAUUGAAGACAAGCUUCAGGAAGGAGUCCCAGAUUGUAUUGAAACUCUAUCUAAAGCUGGAAUAAAAAUUUGGGUGUUAACAGGGGAUAAGAUGGAAACUGCAAUAAAUAUAGCAUAUGCAUGCAACCUGAUAAACAACAAUAUGAAGCAAUUUAUCAUCAGCUCAGAGACGGACACAAUUAGAGAAGCUGAAGAUAGGGGAGAUGCUGUGGAGAUUGCACGCGUUACCAAAGAAUUGGUAAAGCAUGAUCUGGAACGAUGCCUUGAGGAGGCUCAGGAGUACUUGCAUGGUUUUUCAGGAACAAAAUUGGCUCUCAUAAUUGAUGGGAAAUGCUUGAUGUAUGCAUUGGAUCCAACUUUACGUGUUGGUCUUCUCAAUUUGAGCUUGAAUUGUAGUUCGGUAGUUUGCUGUCGUGUUUCUCCGUUGCAAAAGGCACAGGUUACUAGCCUUGUCAAGAAAGGAGCUCGCAAGAUCACUUUGAGUAUCGGUGAUGGUGCAAAUGAUGUGAGUAUGAUUCAAGCUGCUCAUGUUGGGGUCGGCAUAAGCGGGCUUGAAGGAAGGCAAGCUGUGUUGGCUAGUGAUUUCGCCAUUGCUCAGUUUCGUUUCCUAACUGAUCUGCUACUUGUACAUGGGCGGUGGUCGUAUCUUAGAUUAUGCAAGGUUAUUACAUACUUCUUUUACAAAAAUCUUACUUUUACGCUGACUCAGUUUUGGUUCACCUUCCAAACUGGCUUUUCUGGUCAAAGAUUUUACGAUGACUGGUUUCAGUCUCUGUAUAAUGUCAUUUUCACAGCACUGCCUGUCAUUAUCGUUGGAUUGUUCGACAAGGAUGUGAGCGCUUCUCUCUCAAAAAGGUACCCAGAACUAUACAAGGAAGGAAUUAGGAACAUGUUCUUUAAAUGGCGAGUGGUGGCUGUGUGGGCCUUCUUCGCAUUCUACCAGUCAUUGAUCUUCUAUUACUUCACAACCGCUGCCAGUAAAAACGGGCACAAUUCGUCAGGGAAGAUAUUCGGGCUUUGGGAUGUUAGCACUAUGGCCUUCACUUGCAUCGUGGUGACUGUUAAUUUGCGUCUUCUUUUGGCAUGCAAUUCUAUCACGCGGUGGCACUAUAUAAGUGUUUUGGGGAGUAUCGUGGCAUGGUUUGUGUUUAUAUUCGUGUACUCCGGAGUAAUGACUCCAUACGAUAGACAAGAAAAUAUAUUCUUCGUGAUUUAUGUUCUGAUGAGCACGUUUUAUUUCUAUUUCACACUGCUGCUUGUCCCAAUCGUCGCACUCUUUGGUGACUUCUUAUACCAAGGAAUCCAAAGAUGGUUUUUCCCUUACGACUACCAAAUAGUUCAAGAAAUCCACAAAGACGACCCCGAGGACAACAGCAGCAGGAUGGAACUACUAGAGAUCGGCCAUCACCUAACCCCAGACGAAGCACGAAGCUACGCCAUUUCCCAGCUUCCACGGGAGACCUCGAAACACACAGGAUUCGCGUUCGACUCCCCCGGCUACGAGUCCUUUUUCGCAUCACAACAAGGAGUUUACGCCCCUCAGAGGGCCUGGGACGUUGCACGUCGAGCCAGUAUGAAGUCGCGGACGCAGCAGAGAACAUCGAGGAACUAAUUCAUUGUAACAUACUGUAUAUUUUUGUUUUCUUUUUUUUUUUUUGUUUUCUUUUUUUCUUGCUCGAUAUUUGACCUCGAAAGCUGAGUGUGUAUAAUUAGCUUUGCCUUACGCCUAGUACUAGAUUUCUUUUUUCUUUCUUUUAUCUUCUUUUUCUUUUUUUUUAAAUAUUGAUUUUGUUGUCUCUCUUUUUGCUUUCUAUCUGUUAGCCAAAAUAGUCAUGUAUUCAUUUAGCGGAAACUUUAUUUGAUAGUUACAAAGAUUAUGGAAAAUGAAGUUUACCGUAGAUUAUUUCUGUGAA